GGCCGAGGAGUGGACAAAGGCAGCGCUCUGAUUUUGUUCUGUUGCUUCCACCAGAAAUCGUCACCACCCCCGACAAUUAUCACGACACACACACGCAAUGGCUCCUGCUAAAUCAUCCAAGAAGGCUUCCAAGACCGCCUCGAAGUACGUCGUCGACUUCUCGAACGCCGCCACUAUCUUCGACAAGGAGGGAUUCGUCACUUUCUUGAACAACAAGAUCAAGGUCGACGGCCGCACCGGUAACCUCGGUGACCUCAUCUCGGUCGAGAAGGAGGGUGACUCCAAGGUCGCUGUUGUUGCGCACACCGAGUUCUCUGGCAGAUACCUCAAGUACCUGACCAAGAAGUACCUGAAGAAGACCAACGUCCGCGACUGGCUCCGUGUUGUUUCCGUCUCGAAGGGUGUUUACGAGCUCCGAUACUUCAACGUCGUUGUUUCCGACGAUGAGGAUGAGGAUGAUGACGAGUAAGCGCAUAAGGGAUAAUCAAAAGGAAAUAAUACAAAAAAAUCGAAUAAAAGUUUUGUAUAUUUAAUACAUCAAUGACCUUUAUGAUUGAGUAGUA